AUGUUUGAAAUGUAUAAAAUUUUUGUUUAUUGUUAGUACACCAACAAUAAAAUAGAUUGCCGAAACUAUUUGCUACUUAACAAUAAAUAUUGUAUUAUUAUCAUUUUAUGCAUCUAAACCUUUAAUUGCUUAACCAAAUUAUGAUAAUUAUUAAGGUCUUUCAAUAGCUGGCAAUGUUUUUAUGAUGAUUGGAUAUUUAUUAAUAAUAGCACUACAUUUCAAAUACAUUUAUUAUGCAGCUUUAGGAAUUAUUGCAACAAUGAAUUUUGGAAUGUUUUUAUUAUUAAUUGGUAUGGGUAUUGGAGCAUAAGAUUUUGAUGUAUAACUAAUAUAAUUAUUUAUAGUAUUUGAAAUAUAAUAUUGCAAUUGCUAUUUGGUUCAUUCAAUUAGCAAUAGAUAUUUUAGGAAUGUAAAUGGUAUUAAAAAUCCAUAAAUUUAAUUAAGGAGAACAAGAUGUUAAAGAUCCAUAAUAAAAAAAUGCUGCAAAUAAUGCAUCUUAACCUUAAGUUUAAUUAUGA